GGCGAGUUCGUCGUGUUCAAUAAACUUUCUCUUGCUGGAAGCUAUGCCCAAAUUUGCCACGUACAACAGUGAAGUUUUGUUUGACUUUGAUUGUUUGGACUGACUCAUCUUUUACGUCAUGGCUGCACAAAGAAAAAAGAAGUCGAGAAAAACCACGUGUUUGAUGGCUGAGUGACUUGCUGGUGGACGAACCACAUCCGUUUCCACUUGGCCCUUUGAAAUCGUCAACUACUAGAGCCUAUUUUCUUGACAUUCCACUUAUGCCGAAACUGCAAUAACAGGAAACAUCUGUGAACGCGGCAAGAACUGGUGUUGGGAGGGGGAAAGAGAAAUCAAGCCAGCCCGAAAAGGGAAGUGAUCCAGCUUAGCGCAACGGCGAAAGGGAGGGGAAAAAAAAAAAACAAAAACAAAUUAGCGAUGGCUGAUGAAGAGGAAUCUGAAGAAUUGGUGAUGAUUGCCGAAAAAGCCAGGUCAUUGUUGAACAGGAGUGAACGUCAAGUUCUCAGCCACUGUUGCCAUUCGUACCUUUCCGGCCGGAUGGGUGUCCACCACUUUGUCGACUCCCUACUCCGUCUACUACCCACUCCCGACAAGGCCACUUUUCUGGUCGAGUUGCGCGAACUGGUGCGUGAUGAAGACCACGACGAAUACGACUACAGAGUCUUUACCGUCCCCAACCGGCCCUUCCGCUCCAUCCAGUUCCAGAGCGGUAAUAGCCUGGAUUAUGAGCAAUCGACUGAAUGUCUUUUGCAGGUCGAACGCAACGCCCCUGGUGGCAAUCAUCAUUCCUAUUAUCAAAACUACCAGUUACUUUCGCAAAGUAAUUCAGCCAACUGCUCGCCUGACAUCAGGACAACAAAUAAUGAACAUUGUUUGCCAUUUCCCAGAGAAUCCAGCCGAGCAGCAAAGCCGUUAAAGGCGAUGGGCUUUGAAUCUCCGACGCAGGUUGUCGGCACGUCGAUGCAGCCAUCAGCGGCGCAACCCUUCCGGGCUGGAUUGAAAGAGACCAACGUGGCCAUGAUGCCGAUUGACAUGACGACCGCCUUUCCCACUUCAUCUGCCUUCAAACCUUUGAUUGCCUCAACGAAUCACGUCAAAAAGGAAUCCAUUGGCGAGCAGCAAAAUGGUGGAGCUCAGGCCAAACAAAAACAACUGCCGAUGAAUAAAAGUACAACUGGGCGUACCGGGUGCAGGCUGCCGGUAUCGGAUGACGAACCGAUGGAGGUCGUCAUUCGAAAGAGCAAGAAGAUGUUAGGCGUGGCCAUUGAAGGAGGAAUCAAUACACGCCAUCCUCUGCCCAGAAUCAUCACCAUUGAUGGCAAAGGAACGGCGUUCGAAGCUGCCGGUCUGCGGAUAGGGCAAACAAUUCUGCAGGUGGACGGCAUCCAGAUGGAAGGUUUGACUCACGAAGAGGCUGCUCGCCUCAUCGCCAAUGCUUACGCCGACCGUAGCGUGCCUGAAUUGAAAUUGCUUAUGAGCCCAAGUACUUUCCGUCCGAAUGCCAACUAUCAACCAGAAAACUGAUGAUGGAGAUUUCCCCAUACGGUCCAACACUCAAAACGAAAUCCGCUUCUGCCAAAUUUCGUACCGGCACCGUGUUAUUUUUUUUUUUUUUUUUUAUAGCCAGGAAGGCAAAUCCCAAGUGCUUUUUUGAAAACCAAAUACCUGUUGAAAGAACUAAACAACAACAAAAAAAUACAUGUGUUUUCUUUUUAUUCUGCCUUUGGAAACAGUGUUAGUUCACUAGAGGGUGCUGGCUAAUCAUUAAAAACUAUUAUUGUUAUUAUUCUUUAAAAAAAAAAUAAGUGUUUGCAUUCUGUUAUUGUCCUGUCAUGCGCAAUUAAUAUUUCAGAUUUGAAUUUUAAACGUUUGUAACUCCCAUGAAGUGGCGUUCUUAUUAGAACCAUAAUUUUCGUUUUUGACUUUUUGUCUUUCGCCGACCAUUCUGCCUUGUUGCUUGACAUCUUGUAAAUUUCUCCAUAGGGAUUCUAUUAAACAUUGUUUCCUUUUGUUUCCCGAUAUGGAUUCGAUCAAAAGCGGAACCUAUUGUUAUGUCUAACCCAACUUGAUCGACCAAUCUUUGUUUCCGAUAUUUCUACCAAUAGAUGGCGUAACGAAAGUGCGGCCCUAUUUUAUGACAUCGUGGGUUCAACAUGGUCUCCGCGAGUUGACUCGACCGUUCGGGUUUCCCAGCGGCACCCGAUUCUCGCAAAUUGAUUGGCUCUCUCGCUGUGACUGCAGUACACACCUCCACUGAAACCAAGCUACAUCUCAGCUGUUGAAGUGUCGUCUGCGUCAAAUCGUCUGCUAGUGUCAAAUUUCAAAAUAGAUCCAAGAUUAUUCACAAAAUUACAACAAAAAAAUAGGAAAACUGAGUGGCAGUGUGCGUGCAAGAAAGGAAAAAGGAAGAAAUUUCACACGAAUUGAUCGGUUUUUUAAUAAUCAAAGAAGUUUGAUGUGUCACGUUAGAGCUGUAGCGUACUGGCGCGU